CUCAAUCCCCGCCCCUUAGUAUAAAUAGGCGGCGUCUCUCGAAACGGCUCCUCAGUCGCGGUCCCGCCUUGUUCGACGGCGCUGAAGCCCAGGAGGCAGGGAGAGAGAGAGAAAGAGCGGAAUCCGCGGGGCGCUCCCUCCCUCCCUCGCACUCGCCGGCGCGCUCGCACAAGCCGUGAGGGGAGUCAGACGGGCAGGCGGGCGAAGGACCGGCUGAGUGAGUGAAGGGAGGAGUUUUCUCGCUUGCUCGCAGGGCGUCGCCGCCGGUCAGUUUCCACGCAGAGCGGGUGGCCGAGCGAGGAGGACAGAGCAUGGCGCUCUCGAUGCCGGUCAACGGGGUGAAGGAAGAGGGCGACAAGCAGCCUCUCAUCGAGCUCUUCGUCAAGGCUGGAAGUGAUGGUGAAAGCAUAGGCAACUGCCCCUUUUCUCAGAGACUCUUCAUGAUUCUUUGGCUGAAAGGAGUGGUAUUUAGUGUAACAACAGUUGACUUGAAAAGGAAACCUGCAGACCUUCAGAACUUGGCACCGGGGACUCACCCGCCCUUCAUAACAUUUAACAAUGAGGUGAAGACGGAUGUGAACAAAAUUGAAGAAUUUCUUGAAGAUGUCCUCUGCCCACCCAAGUACACAAAGCUUUCACCAAAACACCCAGAAUCAAACACUGCUGGAAUGGACAUCUUUGCUAAAUUUUCUGCAUUUAUCAAGAAUUCCAGGCCAGAAGCAAAUGAAGCCUUGGAGAGAGGCCUUCUGAAAACUCUGCAGAAGUUGGAUGAGUACCUGAAUACACCUCUCCCUGAUGAGAUUGAUGAGAACAGCAUGGAGGAUAUCGCAGCUUCCACCCGCAAGUUUCUGGAUGGUGAUGAGAUGACGCUAGCAGACUGCAACUUGUUGCCCAAACUACAUAUUGUCAAGGUUGUGGCCAAAAAGUAUCGCAACUUCGAUAUUCCCAAAACAAUGACUGGGAUUUGGAGAUACCUGACAAAUGCCUAUGGUCGUGAUGAAUUCACCAACACUUGUCCUGGAGACAAAGAGAUUGAAUUCGCCUACAGCGAUGUAGCUAAGAGACUCACUAAAUAAGCAGUGUUUCGCACACAUUUCAUAACGAAACGCUUCUUUUAACAGAC